AUGACGCUCUGUCCGCGCUGCUAGCGGCUGUAUUGUUUUUAAUGCGAACACACAAUCGUUGUUUUUCACCAUUGAGUAUUACCGUGGCAAUGAAACGGGAGAUAACGGCUGCUGGUAAAGAGCAACAUUGAAGUCGAUUCAGAGUGACCAGGAUGGCAAGUGACGUGUGUAGCCAUGUCAAGGUGGUCAUUCGGGUGAGGCCAACCAAUGACCGCGAGAAGGGAGAGAACUGCCGAAAUGUGGUCCAGGUGGUUGAUAACCACAUGCUCGUCUUUGACCCCAAAGAACAGGACAUAUCAUGUUUUGGGGCUCAAAGACUACGAAACAGAAACAUCAACAAGAGGGCCAACAAGGACCUGAAGUUUGUUUUUGACCAUGUGUUCGACGAGAACUCUACUCAGGACGACAUAUUUCAGAGCACCACUAAAGGAAUAUUGGAUGGUGUGAUGAAUGGAUUCAAUUGCACAGUGUUUGCCUAUGGUGCUACUGGAGCAGGAAAGACCCACACCAUGUUAGGCUCGCAAAAUAACCCUGGGGUCAUGUACCGCACCAUGAAGGAGCUGUUCAAACGCAUGGAUGAUGCCAAGGAGGAGAAGGAGUUUGCUGUUGCAUUCUCAUAUCUUGAGGUUUACAAUGAACAGAUCCGAGACCUGUUGGCUAAUGUAGGCCCUCUUGCAGUUAGAGACGAUGGUACUAAGGGAGUGGUUGUUCAGGGCCUUACAUUGCAUCAGCCUAAAACUGCAGAGCAUAUUCUUGAGGCUUUGGAUUCUGGCAAUCGAAACAGAACACAGCACCCCACUGAUAUGAAUGCCACCUCUUCUCGGUCCCAUGCUGUGUUUCAGAUAUAUUUGAGACAGCAGGACAAAAUUGCCAGCCUCAACCCAAACGCCUGUGUUGCCAAGAUGAGCCUGAUUGAUCUGGCAGGCUCCGAGAGGGCCAGUGCCACCAACACCAAAGGGGCACGUAUGCGGGAAGGUGCUAACAUCAAUCGCUCACUCCUUGCCCUUGGAAAUGUUAUCAACGCCCUUGCUGACCCAAAAAGCAGGAAAGCUCACAUACCGUACAGGGACAGCAAGCUGACACGGAUACUGAAGGACUCCCUGGGAGGCAACUGCAGAACAGUCAUGAUUGCCAAUGUUGGCCCCUCAUCCAAGUCAUAUGAUGACACCCACAACACACUUAAAUAUGCCAACAGGGCCAAGGAGAUAAAGUCAUCGCUCAAGAGUAAUGUUGUAAGCCUGGACAGUCACAUUGGCCAGUAUGCAGUGAUAUGUGAGAAGCAGCGGCAAGAGAUUCUCCAGUUGAAGAAAAAACUAAAAGAAUACGAAGAGAACAACAUGGUGCCUGGGACUUCCAACACAAUCUCUUCUCAGAAACCAGCUGAGCUCAAAGGGGUGUCAGAAGCUCUGCAGCAAAUCUUCUCUAGUCGGACCCAAAUCAGGAGAGAACAGCUGGAUCUGGAGAGGCAACUGAAGGAGAACGAGCUGCGCCAGCGCUACAGCGAGGAGGACAACCUGCAGGUCCAAACUUUCUGUGCCAAAGAAAAGACGGAGAAGGCCACUUGUAAGCAUGAGCGGAAGAUUGCCAGCUUACGCACUCAGCAGGAACACAUUUGCAAGCGUCUGAGGGAGUCAGAAACACGUUUCCAGGAAAACGACGGCUGGCUUCAUCGUGUCGAGAAUGAGAUGAAGUUGGUGAAGUUGAAUGACCAGACUUCAGAGGUGUUAGAGAAGGAACUACAUUGCCACAGAUUGGAGCUGCAGGUAAAUGACCUCCAACAACACAUCAAGCAGAUCGUGGCGCUCACUACACUGCAGGAUCUGGAGAACAAGAGGAUUCAGAAAAUGAUGGAAAUCUUGUUGCCCGCAUACAGUAGGCACUACUCUGCGUUGCAGGGGUCUGGGCUGGUCACUGCAGCAGAUGAGAUGGCGAACGACGAACUGGAGCACCUUGUGUUGAGGGAGAGGGGCGUGGUCUGGGCAGACCUGGAGGGGGUGGGGCAGAAAGGUGAAAGGACUGGAGUGGAAACACAGAAGAAAAAUGAGAUGGGAAGCAUUGGGCUCCACGGCGAGAUGGCACCCAUCCUGUCUUUCUCAAAUUUGAAAUACCACCAGAGUAGCCCCUGCAGUGCAGAGGGGCAGGCAAAAAGAGCAUCAAUUUGCAAAGCGGCUCCAUCCCCAAAAGGUAGAGGACAUCAGGCCGACAUGAAACAAGAACCACAUCCCAGAAUGCCCAUCAGGAGAAAUCUGUCUGCGUCACUGCCACCACAGAGCCCUCAGUCCGCUGCCAAGGUCCAAGUGUUUGAGGAGGGCAUGUUUCCGCUCCAGUGCACACCAGAACCUGCUCGAAAAACUGUUGAGGCGCUGCCGCUGAGCUCUUCCACUGAUAUGGAUCCCAACAUGACCUUCGAAGUUCUGGACAACGAUGAUCAGACUGCAAAUAAUGCAACCAUCAUAAUAAGCGUUGGAAGUCCCGGCCAACCAUCCAGGUCCAUUGACUUCUCGGGUCACAGCCGACUACAGCAGCCUCCUAAGGCCAAUGAGGCGACACAGAUUGCAUCUAAAAGACAGCAUAUUCCAUCUUUACAAGAUAUCCGACGAGUCAAGCCGACCUACAUGGCAUUGACGUCUGCUGCGCAAGGAAAGCGUAGAUUUAAUCGCAUCGGAGAAGAGAUCACUCAGGGAUCUGCACCAAAGCGUAUAAAGAAAGACCCGUCGGUGACCCAGAGACCACUCAGAGUGCAUCGGUUUGCUGGUUCAGAAGAAAACAAGCCGGGUAGAGUUAUGAGGAGCGUUUCUGAGGGAAAUCUCCACCUCCUCGAGCCUCAGAAAUCCAGGUCCCUUUUCUACAGAACUUCCCAACAGAUAAAAAAAGUGGCCAAGCGGAUGUAAAGCAACAUGGUCGAACUUUUCAAACUCAGCUUUUAUGGACACUCCCAAGUCUCUCCACCCCUAUUCCAUCCAAAUGAAUCGCCUCUAGUCCUUUUCUCUGAAAACCUAAAGAAGCCGUCUAUUGUGUAGGUUUCUCCAACAUAUAAUUACUAACACAGUAACAUGGAAUGUGUAAGUUGUAUUGUUUUCUUACUCUUAACUUCAGCAUCACACCACAGUAAAAUGUUAUUACACUGUAUAUAAAUGUAUAGUUGUUGUCAUCUGUUUUUUGCAGUCUUUUAUUUCUAAGCCUACCCAUAGAUUUUAAGAUAUCAUUUUAAAUACUCAUGUACAGACUGCGAGAAAUAAAAAAUGUCCUGUGGAUUCCGGAUGUUUUACUUUUCCUUACCUAAUGCAGCUAUUCACUUUAGCAGUGAGCCGCCUUGUAGGUAACGAUAUUUCACAGGGCAGCUAUUAUCAGAAGUAGACUGUACAUGACUUCAAAUGCAGGUAUGGCUGAAAAAAAAAGAAGGAAUCAGCUUUGCACUGAGAAGUUUGUGUUUUUAUUUGUCAUUGUAUUUUUAUUCUUGUACAGUUGCACAACAUGGGGGUUAUUGAUAAUCCAUAAUGAAACUGGUUGUAACUGAAUCAAUGUUUUCAACAAAUAAAUCCACUUUUAGUUGC